CCGACGCCGACCUCAAGCAGUCCGCCAAAAAACCGCUGCCCAACAUGAGCUACGGCAAGAAAGACGAAGAUGCGGAUUUGGGCCUGGUGAAGGUGGACAGGACCCAGGUCUUCCAAGAAGCACGACUAUUCAACAGCUCCCCUAUCCAGCCGCGAAGAUGUCGAAUUCUCCUUACCAAGAUUGCCCUUCUGCUCUACACGGGCGAGAGGUUCCCCACGAACGAAGCGACGACCCUCUUCUUCGGUAUCUCGAAGCUGUUCCAGAAUAAAGAUGCCAGCUUGCGACAGAUGGUCCACCUUGUCAUCAAGGAGUUGGCUCACUCGGCCGAGGAUAUUAUCAUGGUCACCAGCACCAUCAUGAAGGAUACAGGAGGCAGCACCGAUGCCAUCUUCCGACCCAACGCCAUCAGGGCCCUGUGCCGCAUUAUCGAUGCGACCACAGUUCAGUCCAUUGAGCGUGUGAUGAAGACGGCAAUCGUCGACAAGAACCCCUCCGUAUCUUCCGCAGCCCUCAUUUCCUCCUACCACCUCCUCCCGAUCGCCAAGGAUGUCGUCCGCCGCUGGCAGAGCGAGACGCAGGAAGCUGCGGCCUCCACCAAGUCCUCGAGCGGCUUCUCCCUGGGCUUCUCCUCCUCGAGCGGCCAAUUGCCCGCCAACAACUCUACCAUGCCCCAGUACCAUGCCAUUGGUCUGCUAUACUCGAUGCGCAUGCACGACCGCAUGGCACUCGUCAAGAUGGUGCAGCAGUUCGGUGCCGCCGGUGCGGUCAAGAGCUCUGCGGCGAUCGUCAUGCUCGUCCGUCUGGCUGCCCAGCUCGCCGAGGAGGACCCGUCGCUCAGAAAGCCCAUGAUGCAGCUGCUGGAUGGCUGGUUGCGCCACAAGAGCGAGAUGGUCAACUUCGAGGCUGCCAAGGCCAUCUGCGAUAUGCGAGAUGUCACCGACGCCGAAGUCUCCCAAGCCGUUCACGUUCUCCAGCUCUUCCUCACCUCCCCUCGUGCCGUCACAAAGUUCGCUGCUCUCCGAAUCCUCCACAACUUCGCCUCCUUCAAGCCCAACGCCGUCAACGUCUGCAACCCCGACAUCGAGCUCCUGAUCUCCAACAGCAACCGAUCCAUUGCCACCUUUGCCAUCACCACCUUGCUCAAGACCGGUAACGAGGCUAGCGUUGAUCGCUUGAUGAAGCAGAUCUCUGGCUUCAUGUCUGAGAUCACGGACGAGUUCAAGAUUACCAUCGUCGAGGCUAUCCGCACGCUCUGCUUGAAGUUCCCUAGCAAGCAGGCUGGUAUGCUUGCCUUCCUGAGUGGCAUCCUCCGGGACGAGGGUGGUUACGAAUUCAAGCGUGCCGUCGUCGAGAGCAUGUUCGAUUUGAUCAAGUUUGUGCCGGAAUCCAAGGAGGAUGCUCUUGCCCACCUUUGCGAGUUUAUUGAGGACUGCGAGUUCACCAAGCUGGCGGUUAGAAUCCUUCAUCUGCUCGGUCUCGAGGGACCCAAGACCUCUCAGCCCACCAAGUACAUCCGCUACAUCUACAACAGAGUGGUUCUGGAGAACGCCAUCGUGCGUGCCGCCGCUGUCACUGCUCUUGCCAAGUUUGGUGUCGGCCAGAAGGAUCCCGAAGUCAAGCGCAGCGUCGAGGUUCUCCUUACAAGAUGUCUGGAUGAUGUGGACGAUGAAGUCAGAGAUCGUGCAGCCCUCAACCUCAGACUCAUGCACCAGGAGGAUGAGAUCUCGGAGAAGUUUGUCAAGAAUGAUAGCAUGUUCUCUCUGCCGUACUUUGAGCACCAGCUCGUCAUGUACGUCACCUCGGAGGACAAGUCCGCAUUCGACAGCCCCUUCGACAUCUCUCAGAUCCCUGUCGUUACUCGCGAGCAGGCAGACGCGGAGGACCGGACGAAGAAGCUCACGGCAACUGCCCCGUCUCUCAAGCCUCCCAAGGUCGGUCCUACAAAGGCCGCUGCAGGUGGCGCGGAGGCUGCUGCAUCGGCAACUGCGGCUUCUCAGCGUUACGCCCAGGAGCUGAUGCAGAUCCCCGAGAUGAAGGAGUUUGGCAGCGUGCUCAAGUCGUCGCCCGUUGUCGAGCUUACCGAGUCAGAGAUGGAGUACGUCGUUACCGUCGUCAAGCACAUUUUCAAGGAGCACAUUGUGUUCCAGUACGAGGUUAAGAACACGCUGGAUGCGACCGUUCUUGAAAACGUCUCCAUCGUGGCGACGCCUUCCGAAGAGGAGGAGCUCGAGGAAGUCUUCAUCAUCCAGGCCGACAAGCUUCCCACGAAUGAGCCGGGAAAGCUGUACGUGGCCUUCAAGAAGGUCAACGGUGAGGGCUCCAUGCCCGUUAGCAGCAUCUCCAACGUUCUCAAGUUCACGAGCAAGGAGAUCGACCCCACGACAAACGAGCCAGAAGACACUGGCUACGACGACGAGUACGAGGUUGCCGAGUUCGACCUGUCAGGAAGCGACUAUGUCAUUCCGACAUUCGCCAGCAACUUCAACCACAUCUGGGAGCAGGUGGGCGCGGCCGGCGAGGAGGCCGAGGAGACUUUGCAGCUCAGCAGCAUGAAGAGCAUAGCAGAGGCAACGGAAGAAUUGGCAAAGGUCUUGUCGCUGCAACCCCUGGAGGGUACGGAUGUGCCCGUCAACCAAACGACACAUACCCUCAAGUUGCUCGGAAAGACUGUUGGCGGUGGCAGGGUGGUGGCCAAUGUCCGGAUGGCAUACUCGUCCAAGUCUGGUGUGACGACCAAGAUUACGGUCCGCAGCGAGGAAGAGGGCGUAGCGUCGCUUGUUGUUGCGUCAGUUGCUUAAGGAAGAGAGUUGUUCGGAGUUUUGUGGGAUCGAUACAUGGUCGGAUAUUCCAAGCAAAGACGCACGUACGGCAGCGCAAAGAUACGAGGACUUUGAUUACAGCCCGAGGUACUCAACCGAGCAGCCGCCACCAUAGUAGUUUUGGGGGUGUCAAGCAGGAGUUGGAGCGCAUCAGCGUGCGCGUAAAAGGACUGGCGGCUUGCGUAUACUAGAAUGAAGACAUGAAAAAGCAUCACGAAGUACUGAUAGAUCUAUGUGUGAAGUGGGAUGUCUGUAUCUAAGAGAUCGACCAAGACCAGGUUAUUCAUGCUGCGAGUUGGCCAUACCAAGGUACUAUGAAUAGUUGUACUGUGUAGAUGGGUAAGGUAGGUAGCUCGACGCCCAAACCCUGUCAGUAUCCAGCCGUGUGUUAAAUCGGAAUGGUCAAGCC